GGUUAUUGGAUUUAUCAAUGCCGUGGAGUUCAUUCAGUUCCACAAUGUGAUAUUGUUCACUUUAAAAUAACGAUACAUUUUAUGACAAGCAAAAAUAUAUAAGCAAUUAUAAUUCAUGAUAAGAAAUACAAUGGGGGAGGAUAAUUACAUCGUGCAAAUUGAAAAUAAAUAUGAGUUCACAAGGACACGCGAAUCUAAAAUUAACAUAAUAUCGAUUUGUUUGUUCAUGUUAAGGGUAGGGCUUCGUGUCGUCAUAUGCACCACACCUUUGUCGCUUUAUGGGCUUGCUUUCCAAAUGGGAUGACUAAAGAGCUUUCAAAAUAAUUAAAGUUAGUUAACGACCGAGCGUAACAGCGUCGCUAUGUUAUUCUGUGCGGUUCUUAUAAAAUGCUUUUUUACAUUGGUCAUUGCAAAACGAAGUAGUAGUUAUGGCAGUGGCGUGGGGUAUCCACAUCAGACCCAUACAAAAUAUUCAAGUACCGGUGUAGGUCAAUCGACACGACAUUCGUAUCCUCAAAGUACAGGUUUAUCUGGUAACCGAGGUAGUGGUUACAACAGCUACCACAGAAGUGAGGUGCAUCAUCAUUACCACUACAAUCCACCUCAACAAAUAAAUUAUGGCUCGACAUCUCAUCCUGUGUACCACGGCAUACCUCCUGUUUACGUUUAUGAGUAUAGAGAUUCAGGAAGUCGCUUUGAUACCUUAUUAACCGGUCUCGCUUUAUACAAUUUGGGCAGAAUGAGCCAAAGUCAUAACAAUCACGAUUAUUAUAAUAGAGAUUAUAGAAGUUCACCAGGAGAGACUUGCAAAUUAGGAAUAAGUAAGAAUAAUGGUGAAUAUGAAGAGACUCGAAUCGAUUGUAAGUUGAUAUCUAGUUUUAUUUGGGAAGCUAAAGGAGAUACCCACAAUUCUGCAUCUAAAACCGUCACUACUGUCCAUUCGAGCAAUUUUACAAAAAUUGUUUCGGCAAAUGAAACUAAAGAAAUUAUUGUUUCUCAAGAUACCACUACAACCAAUGCCGUAGAUGUAAAAGGGCCGUCUAUAAAAGUUGUUGAUGGAAUGAGCUGCUUCAUGAUACGUAUAUCUAGAGACUCUGUUUUAAAAAGAAAAGUUGAUUGUGGAUUAUUGCAAACUUAUGCUACACGCUCUUUAUAUAGCCAUGCCAUUAAGUUAAAAAUUUCAUACUUUGUCGAAUUUGGGUGCUUACUAGCUUUAUAUUAUCUAAGAUUUGUAUUUUUUUAACUUUACAUUGAAAUAAAAUAUCUUUAUGAAAUUGCA